UCACCCUACCAAACCAAUUUGGUUUCAAUUUUCAUCGAGUGUUACAAGUACAGGUGCUUUGGGCCUGGGCUCACCUUGACCCGAAGCAGGGCUCCUUGACCCCGCAGUAGCUGUACACAUACCGGUGGAAGUGCGACUAUACUCUCAACGUGAGAACAGCUGGAAAUGGGUCCUAGCACGGCCAAGCCUCUGCCAUCGUUGCUGGCUUAUGGUAGUCGGACGGGGAAAAGAUAACUCAAUGAAAUUAUCCCAAUCCAAUGGUGAACCUGUCACUGCCACUAGAGAUGCGUGGCAGAGGGUGCGCUCGGUCGGUAAUUUGCGGACGCCGGAUACGACCUCCAGUUUAAAUCAGGCUUCCCGGGACAAGCGCGCUGUGCCCCGUUUGAAAGGACUGAAAAAAAUGAAAGGGGAGGUCCUGAGCCUUACUUUUGUCUCUCACAAGAAACAGAUUAUACAUAGCAUCCUGGCGGGUCUGUAUUCCUUUUUUUUUGUCGAGGCCAGUUUAAUUCCGGAACCUCAGGCGGACAAACUCGAUUAAUCCUGUCCUUCUAUCAAAAGCAGAGGUCGGAAGAACCCCGAAUAGUCGACUGGAAAACUAGGGAAACUCCGGAUAGCCUCGAGGCUAUCGAGGUUCGAGGCUCAACAUGGAGAAGCUUUAUAAGUUGAGCAGAACUGGGCGGAGUAUACGGCCAGUCUCCCCUUUAAACUUUUUCCUUAACACCCACUUCCCUGGCUUCCAUGAAAACCGAACUGACACGAACACCUGGCUUCAAACCAACGUCAUCUUCAUUUCUAAGGCAGACAAGGCCGCGCACGCUGCCCCCAAAGACCGAUAGGUCUGUUGCCCUUCCCUUAAGCGCCCAGGAGUUCCUUUUCUGCAAGGAGUACACCUUCCCCGACAUAGAAGGCACCUUUAAUGUAAUCCAUCAGCCAUCACAGGUGCACUGACGGUGAGCCUAAUCGAUCAGAUGCUACAAUGCGCAACCGUUGGGACCAAACACGACUAUUGCGUGUGCAACGUGCAACGUCAAAAAGAAAAUCGUUUUCAAUAUGUAAAAAAUUUAAAUCUGAAACGAUCAAACGAUUUUUAGGCAUUGUAAAAGUUUUAUUAAAAACAUACGAUAUUUAUUAAUUUUAUUAAUGGUACAUCAUAGUGUCUGUGCUUUGAUACAGACACAUAUAGGCAUCGCAAAAAAUACGCUUGGCGUGAUCAGGUAGAACUUUAUCAUUAGGUGAUGUUUCAUUAAUAGAGCGCGCACCUUCAUCGGAAAGCCACUGUGUUAAUUCGGGAACACAUGUCAUUUCCGGUAUGUUAUAUCCAUUCUGUUCACCUAAAAGAAAAUAUAAAGCGCAUAUGUAAAAUGUAUCGUAUUGGUUUCAAUGCACAAUAUUUUAUUAAAGGAUGGCGGACCGGAUGGAUCGCUGUAUUCAAAUCAAGAGAAAACUCGGUCCGCAAAGCCUCCAGCACAAUAAAUAAAAAUUUAACUGUGAAAGCUGACAUCACAUGGCAAGUGUGACCCCGAACAACCAUCACCAGUGUAUAUAUAUAAUGUAACUUACCCUUUCUAUCAGCCAUUGAAUCGAAAAAACACCAUGGUGCAUCUGGCCCAGAACCUGAUUUUACAAACGCUACAUAAUGAGAUGUUUCUAUA